AGAGAGGCUUUGCCAACUCCGUCUAAAACCCCUUUAUGAAAAUUUUCAUCUUCCUAAACCCUAAUCCCUAAUUGUUAUUAGUGUUGCUGUUAUUGUUAUCUGUUUUGGUGGAUUAUUAUAAUUCAAAAUAGCAAUGAAGGAGGAAGUAAAAGGAGGAGGAGGAGCCCCAAACAGAGAACUUUAUGCACUGCUGAAUGUAUCACCAGAAGCCUCAGAUGAGGAAAUUAGAAAAGCUUAUCGUCAAUGGGCUCAAGUCUAUCACCCUGAUAAAUAUCAGGCUGCUCAAAUGAAAGAUAUUGCAACAGAGAACUUCCAGCGUAUAUGUGAAGCCUAUGAAAUUUUAUCAGACGAGCACAAGAGGCUGAUAUAUGAUAUAUAUGGCAUGGAAGGACUAACUUCUGGUUUGGAACUUGGUCCAAACCUAAAUAAGGCGCAAGAAAUUAAAGAAGAACUUGAGAGACUGCGGCGUCAGAAAGAACAAGAAAAGGUCUCAUCACAUGUUCGACCUUCUGGUUCAGUUAUGGCAAAUCUGUCUUUGCCACAAUUUUUGGAGGGUGAUGGCAUUAUGAGAGGGAUGGCUAUGGCAAGUGAAGUUCAGUCUCAAUUAUCUGAACGGAGUGGUAUUGCUCUCGCUGGGAACCUGGCAGUUGAUGGGAGUUCUGGUGGUGGCGUUGCCUCUAUUGUCUUUAGACAUCAUAUAUCUCCCGCAUCUUCCGUUGAGUUUAUGGGUUCUGCUGGGUUACGGGCAUUAAUAGGGGUACAAACUUCUCGUCAACUAUCCCAACACUCUUCUGCUACAAUGGGCCUUGCCAUGUCUUUAAAAGAUGGUUCAAUUAAUCUUUCCAACAAUUGGACACGGCAACUCUCAGAGACAACUAAUGGAAAUAUACAACUUGCAUUAGGGACAGACACAUCUAUUGGCGUUGGCUGGCAAAAGAAGGAUCAAAAAAUGUCUGCUGCUGGGGAUAUCAAGAUUGGUCCAGGUGCAGUUGGCUUAACAGCUCAUUAUACACAUCGCUUCUCCUCAAACUCCCAUGGGCGCGUUGGAGGAAGAUUUGGAAGUGGAGCACUUGAACUUGAAGUAGGAGGUGGGAGAAAAAUAUCCAACUUCAGCACUGUUCGCAUGCUGUAUACGAUUGGAAUUCAGGGAAUCUUUUGGAAAUUUGAAUUGCACCGGGGAGGUCAAAAGUUGAUUGUUCCUGUGUUGCUGUCCAGACAGUUGAACCCUAUCUUUGCUAGUGGAGCAUUUAUUAUUCCGACGUCACUUUACUUUCUAGUCAAGACCUACAUUGUGAAACCUUAUAAUCUGAAACGUGAGAAAAAGAAGUCGUUGGAGAAUGCUGAGAAAACUCUAUCCCAGGUUCGUGAGUCAAGGGCCACUGCUGAAAAAGCUCAAAAGUUGUUGCAAAAUGUGGCCAAUAGGAAAAGGAGUAGACAACUCGAAACUGGCGGACUUGUGGUCACAAAAGCAACUUAUGGAAGUCGUAAAGCUCUGAGAAAUAGAAGUGAAUCUGAAGAAGCAAAAGAUGAAGCUACCUCCCAAAUCAUCGAUGUUACUCUACCUCUAAAUUUCCUGGUUAAUGAGUCAGGGCAACUUAAGCUACAUGGGGGUGUAAAAAAAUCCGGAAUUAUGGGCUUUUGUGAUCCUUGUCCAGGAGAACCUAAGCAGUUGUACAUAGAGUACACCUAUGGUGGCAAUAAAUACGAGGUUACUGUUGAUGACUAUGAGGAGCUGGUGAUCCCCAAGGAAGCACACAGAAUAUAAACGUCCAUGAAAUCAGUCAGAUCCUUGGCCCCAUGAUGAAGACUUGUAAAACUUUGGGACCUCUUCACUUUUCCAAGUCUUAAACGGCCCUUUUAAGUCAUAUGAUUCCUUUUAUGGUGCGUUCCUUGGAAAAGAGGAAAAGGGAAGGAUUUUUUCAAGAUAGUUUGUAUCAGAAUUCCCUUGUGCCUCCAUAAGAAUUUGGUGUCGCUAGGAGAACAAGUGAUGGCAUGUCUUGUGGUGCUUCUGGAUAAAUAUCCGAAGCCAUUCUAUCUUCUCUUUUUGCUUUCCCGGUCAUGUUGGGAACUAACUACAGACAGAGGUAAGGUCAUUCAAUCAAGAUUUAGCCCCCCCUCAGUUCAGUUUAGUUGCCAUAUUACACUCAACAGGCAGUUACUGCCUAUGUGGUGGACUAUGGAAACUUUCAUCAAGCAUUUUGAUUCUUGCUUUGCAGCCAGGAAUCAGAUGGGUUCUGGAUGCCAACUCUUAGACUUAGUCUUUUGGCAUCUUGAUUGGCAUUUUGUAGAUACCAUAAGGAUACCAAUUUUGUAAUGUCCAGUAGGAUAAGAGUUUUUGUAUGUAUCAGUUCACGGGAUAUUUACCCGUUGCAGUGAACUUA